GCAGCUUAGAAAUAGAGCUGCUCCUCAUCUUGAGCACAAGUAUUGAUCAGGUCCUUACUGUCGAUUUCUCUAUCACAAUCUUAUUCUAUCUGAAAAAAGCUAUCAACUGCUGAUCCAUCAUCAAAAUGCCUGGAAAUAAGUCUUGGAGAGUUACUGGCAAGAAUGGCUUCGCCGACCUCAAGCAAUCCGAUGAGGACAAGCCACAGCUUGGAGACAAAGACGUUCUCGUAAAGUUCAAGGGCGCCUCCCUCAACUACCGUGACCUCAUCAUCACCAAAGGCCAAUACCCCUUCCCUCUAGCCUCCAACGUCGUCGCAGGCUCCGACGGCUCCGGCAUCGUAGAAGAAGUCGGCUCUCGAGUAACACGUUUCAAAAAAGGUGACGAAGUCGUCACACUCUUCAACCAAGGACACAUCGCCGGCUCUCUCGACGAGCACUCCCUUCAAGGCGGAGUAGGAGGAGUAAUAGACGGCACACUCCGGCAAUACGGCGCAUACGACGAACAAGGCCUCGUCCACAAACCCUCCAACCUCAACCACAUCGAAGCCGCAACCCUCACCUGCGCAGGCCUCACAGCCUGGAACGCCCUCUACGGCUCCAAACAACUCCUCCCAGGCGACUGGGUUCUCACCCAAGGCACAGGCGGCGUCUCCAUCUUCGCCGUCCAAUUCGCCAAAGCCGCAGGAGCAAAAGUCAUCGCUACAACUUCCUCCUCUUCCAAAGCCGACCUCCUUAAAAAACUCGGCGCAGACCACGUCCUCAACUACAAAGAAGAACCCAACUGGGGCCAAACCGCCAAAAAGCUAACCGGCAACCGCGGCGUCAACCACAUCGUCGAAGUCGGCGGCCCCAACACAAUGCAACAAUCCCUCGCCGCCAUCGCCAUCGACGGCAUAAUCACCAUCAUCGGCUUCAUCGGCGGAUUCCAAGCCGAAAACGCCCCUACAAUGCUCGAUACUCUGACACACCAAUGUACUGUGCGAGGAAUUUUAGUGGGUUCCAGACAUCAAUUCGAAGAGAUGAAUCGCGCAAUCGAAGCGAAUGAUAUUCAUCCUGUGAUUGAUAAGAAGAAGUGGAAAUUGGAUCAGGUUCCUGAGGCGUAUCAGUAUAUGUGGGAGCAGAAGCAUUUUGCGAAGGUGGGGAUUGAGAUUGAUUAGAUUUUUCACUUUGUUUGGGAAGUUGGAGCCCUAGGGUUAGAGGGAUGGAUUUAGAUGUAACGAAAUGUGAAUGAAAUGAUACGACAAGCGUCAAGGAACACAACCUGUGAAUUGGGCUUGUUUGACUUGGCGAAUGCAGAACAAGGCCUGAUUGCAUUUUCCAGCUCUGAAACGAUCGAGGAGGGAAAUCUGUAACCUUCUCUGGAAGUUCACAGGAUCGCUGUGGCAAAGGUAUACACCCAGAGAGUGCAUUAUACUCACUCAUAUGAAGUGGUUGACAAUUGUAACUUCUAAUGUAAAGAACAUGAAAGACCUGCCGUUCACUGGCGUGAGGUAUCUAGAAACUCGCUAAGUCUGGUCAAAAAUUGGUCCAACCAAGCACCAAAAACG